AUGCCGCGGCGUCAAACAUUCGACAGAGAUGAAGGCAGGUUGCCUGCAGGAAUGAAACGUGUCGGAUACGAUUCUGACACGGGAGUCUACACAUUCCAGGCUGCCGAUGGCACGCUCUGGGAGAUGUCCCCGGGGACGGAGUAUGGGCAGUUGAAGAGAGCCGGGGGCAACCUGCGGGCAGACUCAGACUUCCGGCGGAGGAACCUGCAGUUCUUCGGGACUGCCCAUACUGUGGAGUCGUCUACAGAGGUCGAUGGAGAGCACGAUUCGGGUCCUGAAGACCUAGAUGAUAUCGUGCCUCUUCCACGAUACGAGACUUCACGAUACGUGCCUCCAGCGCGAUACCAGUAUCCACGAUACGUGGAUACUCGUCGCGCUACAGCGCCUCCGCGUGUCACUGAUGUACUUCAGAGACGCUCAUCACGUCUUGAAUCUCUCAGACAGCGAGUCAAGUCUGUAAAGACCUCGCUCGUUGGAAGUGUCAACAAGACACUGGAAGAGGUCAAGUCUGCCUUCAGAAACACCUAG